AUGAGCUCGUCCCAAGGCGCCUCAAACCCGUCGCCGUACGGCUACAAUGCUUCGCGCAGAGGUUCGCACGGGGGUGCGAGCCCCCCAAACCCUUACGCUGGUAAAGCCCCGCGACGAGUUCCUGCCCAAAGCUUGCUUUGACUGAAUAUCAUAGCUCCAUCACACGAACCCCCUCCUCCGCCGCCCUCGUUUGCGCGGCAUAUGCCGCCUCCAUCAUCGCCGCAGCAGCAACAACAUAAUCAUGCAUCGCAGGCGCAACGAGCGCCUUAUUCGAUAUUUGCAGGGAGUCGCGACCUCCCCGCGCUAGGACAAGCGCACCGCCCUGGGAGCAGCAUGUCCAUCUCAUCCCUUAUCGGCCGCGGUGACACAGGUGCACCCCAUCAAACGUCGCAGUCACAGUUGUCACCUCCCACGAACGCGCAGUCAAACAAUCACAGCAUGCAGCCACCCUCACCCAGACGUGGGCUUCCACCAGCUUCACGACCGGACUACCAACCCUUUCGACGCCAGCCAUCGCCCGACAGACAUAUGUAUAGCAACAAUACGUCAAGGGCGCCCGAAGGUCACUCUUACACAUCCGCGUCGCCAACACGGUCGUACAGCAACCACGGCUCACCAGAGCAGAGUCGUCUCUCGCUGCCUCAGACGGCCCAACCAUACAAACCCAUGGUCUUCCAGGGUCAACGUCCCUAUGCGUCCUCCCCAAACGAUGCACACGCGCGAGAUCCUCGACAACCACCUGUGAACGUGCCUCCCCGGCCGAAUAGUCAACCAAGCGUUCCCCCUGGCCCAUCUGAACAAGAGGGGAGGAGCGUGUAUGAUGCUUUGGGACGACGUACCGUCUAUGGCCCACCAGAGGAAAGGCGACGGACGCUUGGGGAGUCACAUCAUGCGAGGCCCAAUGCUGCGGAGCUACUUGGGGCCGCGCUUCAAUCUUCGUCAGACAGAGACAGGCCAUCCACCGUCCAACCCGUUUCCCAGUCUGCCUUCAGCCCUCCCCGCGACCAUCGUGGCGUGAUUGGAUCUAAUCCGCCUGCGCGCAGCUCCUGGCGGCAGGCCAUUCCCGAAGAUGCGCCCCGUGAAAGUACCGAAAGCCGAAGGGAGGAACCACCCGCACUGUAUCGCGGUUACGGAGGCUACUCUGCGCCACCGCAAGGGCCUGCUCCAUAUGGAGGUCAUCGUCCGGAAGAUAUGGUUCGGGGACGGAGCUUGGACCACUUAAGCCAUCGCGUGGUUGAACAAUACCAUGCUCCUCCAACCUCAGAUCCGCAUUCUAAUGAUAGGCAAAAGUCGGAACAACUCUCUCGGUCUUUGUCGUCCGGCGGAAGCGCAUACGCCGGCCGAUCUCUCUACGAUCAGCCGCGCAGGACGGGUGAAGAGAUGCAGCACACCAAAUCUUUGCUAGGCUUCGGUCCUGACGCUAACCGUAGAACAGGAAGAGCAUCGCCUCUUCCACAGGCUGUUCAGGGUGCACAAGCACAGCCUUUGUCUAUUGGGAAGGACCCACAUGUCAAGAGCGAGUUCGGGCGAAUGUUUUCUGGCCUGGGAAGCGGACUAGGGACCUCAACACCCUCAAGAGGUAGCCCAAUGCCCCAAACUGCCCAAGAGUCGCUUCCACCAGGUGCAGAACUCAACGACCAUCUUAGGCUGCAAAGAGUCAGCUCCCAGAACGGCAGGAAACCAAAGAGGGUUAAGGAUGAGGAAAGCGUGUUUGACAGCGAAAGCAUUGAUGGAAGAGGGACACCCUCUGGUACGCGUGGCGCGAAACGCAACAAGCAUGUGCACCCGAGCCAUCAUCACCAUCAUCAUAUACAUGCCCAUCAUCAUCAUCACCACCACCCCAAGCCUGACGAAGAAAUACCUCCAUCGGCAUCAUCGACUCCCUUUGGCGGCAGACAGGCCAGCCUUCCUCAGAACGGCGCCACGCAAGGUCCCCACCACCACCAUCAUUACCAUGGAGCGCCGCAUCACCAUCACCAUGCUCCACGACCGACCCAAGCGGCGUUUCCAUCCCCUAAGAUCCCUCCAAAAAUUCACGACAUGCAAGCUGUUCUGGACGAAGCUGCAAAGUAUCCGCGCAGACACCUUGGAUCACAUCUGUACGAGGCGACGACUGAACUGCCUAAACCGAAUUCAUGCUUAGAUGAUCAGUUCGGGUACGCUUCAAAACCAAAACACCUCCCUCGGUUCGAAAUCAAUCCAAUCAACUGCACCUUUACCAUCCGGGUGCCUAGGUUCCACCUGAAGCCGCGCCAAAGACAGCAAAUCAUUCUACAGCGCCAUCUGUGGGGCGCACGUAUCUAUCGUGACGAUUCAGAUCCCAUUGCCGCUGCGAUGCAUUCCGGCUGGAUAAGGGGGGAAUGGGAUGAUACCGUCGACAUGCAUCUGCUUGACCCUCGAAUCACGGCGCCGAACGAGCCUAGCGAUGCGGAAGACACGCUGGCCAACCCCCCCGCCGCUCCAGUGACUCCGCCAGUUGAUAUGGACUUGCAGAUCGAAAUACUGAUACUUCCUCGGCUCCAGGAGUAUGCGGGCACGGUCGAGUAUGGUAUCUCGAGCCGGAAGAGCAAGACACACGACGGGCUGAGCUUCCUGAUACACAAAAUCCGCUGGGUCGAGGACGGCAGUCGUGGGCAAGAGCGAACCGCGGCGGCGCUCAAGCAAAGGCUGGAUGCAAGCGCUACUCUCCUCUCCUUGAAGAGUGGCGGGGAGGAUCCGUUCAGAGCGGUCAAUGGGACGGCGAAGUUGCACGCUUGAAUUCGACUGACAUUUGCCGGGGAUUCCUACAUGUUGCUGCAGGCAUAGGUCGUCUUUUUCCCUUGGAUAGUUAUUUGCUCCAAUGUGGCACGGCGACGU